CCACCAGUUUGAAUAUUCCGCCACCCGGAAGUUUCCAAUGGAUGAUGUUGGCGAUUACAACGCGGUGAUUUUUCGUACAUUGCGGCUCUGUCUAGCUUUAACUGAGCCAGGAGAAUGAGGAAGUAAACGUCUCAUCAGUUACCCUCCUUCAGCAUGAAGAGGAGGUGUGCGUGACCACGGGCUUUAUAAAUGUGAUGCGACAAUGAUCUCGGCGAGGGCAGAGACAUUUCGGCAGGAUGCUCAGGUUGUUUGCGGCAUUGGUGAUUGUUGGGCUACUGCUCUCGUUCAUCACUUCCUGGGUAUUUGACAUAUAUGACACCGCUUGGCACCCUAAACGCAGUUUACAGCAAUCCGGGGAUGAAAACAUGAAGAAGAAGAGCGGCCUGCCGUAUCCCAGCGGGCAGCUGGAGAAUAUGUUUUGGUUUGUGCAGGUAUCUGACAUCCAUAUCAGUCGUUUUCAUGAUCCGAGGAGGAUUCCUGACUUUGAACGGUUCUGUAGUGACACUAUUGAUGUGAUUAAACCUGAUCUUGUGCUGGCCACAGGGGACUUGACAGAUGCAAAGACUGAGAGUAAAAUGGGCUCUCUUCAGCAUGAAGUGGAGUGGCAGGCCUACCACAACGUCCUGAAAAGAUCACGAGUGUUGGAACGCACUAAAUGGAUUGACAUUCGAGGAAACCAUGAUGCCUUUAAUAUUAUAUCACUGGAGAGCGUGAACAAUUAUUACAGAAAAUACUCAGCCAAUCAGAAAGUUGGAUCAUUCCACUACAUACACAGAACGCCCUUUGGAAACUACUCAUUUAUUUGUGCCGACGCCACUUUGACACCGGGACCCAAACGGCCCUAUAACUUCUUUGGUAUCCUAAGCCAGACUGAAAUGGAUUUAUUGGCGACCUUUAGAGAGGAGAGCCUGAGCAGUAACAAAUCUAUCUGGUUUGGACAUUACACCACAUCUACUGUCAUCUCUCCCUUCCCAGGAGUCAGAGAGCUCAUGAGUACAGCUGUGGCGUAUCUGUGUGGGCACCUACAUACACUAGGAGGGUUCAUGCCCUUACUGCAUAGUCGACAUAGAGGAGGCACACUGGAGUUAGAGCUGGGAGACUGGAUGGCUAACCGCAGGUACAGGAUAUUGGCUUUUGAUCAUGACCUUCUUAGUUUUUCCGACUUGAAGUUCGAAGACUGGCCAGCUGUGCUCAUCACUAAUCCCAAAGACGCGCAGUACCUGCAUCCAGGGGUGGAACCUCUUGAUCGUAUCCGCAGUUCCACACACAUCAGGGUUCUGGCCUUUUCAGAAUCUCAGAUCACAGCCGUGUAUGUGAGUGUGGAUGGAGAUACGCUGGGAAAAGCUGUCAGGGCGGAGGGACCUCUGUAUGUGCUGCUAUGGGACCCAUCACUCUACUCUACGGGACUGCACACCAUCAGUGUUAAAGUGGAGGAUUCAGCAGGUCGCUCAAAAAUAUGUGAGCAGCAGUUCACCCUGGAAGAAGAUCUCACCCCCAGCUUCGGAUUCACACAGUCCUUCAUUCUCCUUACAGACCACUACAUACUGGCACGGAUUGCAUUUGUGGCAAUAGUGUUACUAAACCUAGGUGGGCUUGUAGUCUUCAGAUUUAUGCAUGUGUCUUCUACAAGAGGGUUGUCUUCUCAAGCAUUGAUGUCCUUACAUCUUGUCAGUAAAAUCAACAUCUUCUACUAUUCUCUACUGCUGUUCAAUCUUUGCACAGCGUUGGGCCCAUGGUUCAUUGGGGAAGUAAUUGAUGGACACAACGGGGCCUGCUUUGUUUUUGGUGUGUUUGUGGACGGACAUUUUCUUGAAGGCGGUCUGACUUAUGUCGUAGGAGUUACUCAGGUCCUCUUCUUCAACAUGCCUCUCACAUAUUACCUCUGUUGGAGUCUUCAUCACAGGUGUCGAGGCACCAACUUCCGCUCGCACUUCCGCUGGCGGACUCUGGCAGUGCACAUGGGCAUGCUGGUGCUCUUGAUCUGGCAGGCGUAUUCUUGCUUCUUUCUGUUGGAGACCUACGGGCCGCUGGCGUUUUUCCUGUCUCCAGUGCGUACCUGGGCUCUGCUCAUGGCCCUGCUGUUGGUGUACAGGGUCUGGUGGGGACCGCAGCCUCAUUUCUCUGAUGUUAGCAGAACCAACAGACCGUUGUGACAGUGAUGUUCUCACUUGUCUUUCUCAGUCUGUAUAUUUUUAUUUGACAGACUUUGUUUUGUGCCAGGUUCUUCCCUCCUCUUGCCUUUUCUAAUCAGUAACUGAAUUGCCAAUCAUUUCCAUUAGAUUACCCUAGUUAGUAUUCAACUCCUUCACAUGAAGCCAUUAUUACAUUUGGCUGAAGGGGCCCUAUUAAACCUGGUUCCUGAGUUAAAGUGAUGGUUCACCCAAAAAUAAAUAUUCUGUCAUCAUUUUACCCUCUUGUCAUUUCAGACUUGUAUGACUUUCUUCAGAAGAACACAAAAGAAGAUAUAUUAAAGAAUGUUGUUAACUUGCCCCCAUUCACUUGCAUUGGUUUUGUGUCCAUACAAUAGAAGUGAAUGGGUGUAGGUGCUGUUCGGUUACUGACUUUCUUUAAAAUAUCUUCUUUUGUUUUCUGCGGAAGAAAGAAGGUGAUACAGGUUUGAAAUGACGAGGUUGAGUAAAUGAUGACAGAAUUUCAUAUUUAGAAUAAAAUCAGUUUUAAGGGGGCAGUUCACUCUCAAAAAAUGAACCUCAUUGGACCUCAUUUCACUCCAAACCUGGAUGAUUUAUUCUCCUCUGUAUGACACGAAAGAAGAUGUUUAGCUGAAAGUUUGUGCACCCAUAUUAAAUAUAUGUGCAUAUUAAAUAUAUGCGCAUCAUAAUUAAUUUCAAAACCUAAAACCUUUCAGGCAAAAAAAGAAUCAUACGGGUUUGGAAUUACACGAGGGCAGGUAAAUUAGUUUCAUUUUCGAGUGAUGUCCCUUUAAUCUAGAGUUUUGCCAGUCUUUUGCAUACAUAUUACUUUGAUGAACUGAAAAUUACUUGUCAAAUCAUAGUUUUAAUUUGUGAAAGGCAAUCAAGACGUGAAAAAGACUUAUUAAUAAUGUUUAUGCAUGAAACUGCCACCAUUUCACUGCAGGAAAGAGACACUAUGAAAUGGUCAUUAUUGCAAAAUAAAUCCCAUAUUUUGUGAGGGAUGACACUAAACUAUUCUGCUUAUUACACGGCUGUUUACCAAAUACACAUGAAAUAAUGUUUUGAGAUUAUAAAAGAUUUUAUUUUGUGACAAGACAGACAUUUUAGUGAUAUAAAAAUUGUUACCUGGGACAACAGUGCAGUCACAAUUAUUCGACUACAGAAUCUGGCGAUUGACCAAUCAGAAUCAAGUAUUCCAGACAGCCUUGCAAUAAGUACAUCAUAUGGAAUAUCAAUUUGGCCAUGAGAAUUAGAAACUAGUAGAAGUAGAAACUAUACUUUGCACUAAAACCGAUUCUACAACUCAUCAAAAGGAAGAAACCACUAUAUUUAUAUAGAUGAAUAUGAAUGUUGAACAAUUAUUGUUGCACUAGGGUUCAUAGUCACGGGAAGGGGGAUCACUGUGGGCAUCUCUGUUGUCAUUCACAUAAAAAAGACAUCUAAAUUAAGAGAAAAAUUAGAGCCAAAAUAGCACAACCUGAUGUAGAAAGUAGAAUAAAAUAGAACAACACAUGGACACAAUAUUGCGUUUAUGAGGUAAACAUUGUUGGACAGCUCUUUCUGUGCACAGUUGCAAACCACACAAACAGCCUAAGGACAAUGGCCACUUUCAGGGGGGAAAAUCAGCUAUUUUGAAAAGAUGCUGUAUUGUCAUUGAAGUCUUUCAUUGUGCCCAUAAUCGACUUGACAGGUAACAGAAAGAGUUUCUGGUGUAUUCCCUGAUGUUUAUUGAUGUUUUGUCAGGUCACUCAGUGUCUCUGUUGUGUCUCAGGAAAGUAAAGACUUGAACAAUAGGCUGCUUUAGUUUGACUUGAAUGUUGUUUUAGAAGACUUGCAGUUUUAAGGCCCAUGAUAGUGACCGUAAACUUGUAAACUUGAGUACUCCACAUUUACUCAAUUCAUGUUAAUCUAGAUUUGUGGUGAUACAAUGGAACUUUUUUAAUGUUUGAUACCUGAUUUUAUGUGAUUUUGAUUUUAUUUUUUUAAUGUACUCAAUUAUAUUUGUAUGUAGUGUUCAUUGCUUCCAGUUGUUCUGCAUUGUUUAACAGGCAUUCUCUGUUGCUGUGAUCAUGUGGCUUUUUUUUUUUAAUUCACCAAAAACUGUUCAUUUUUUCAGUGAAACACUGUUUCCCCCCCAGUUUUUACAGUAAAAACAAACAUUUAGUUUUUUUCAUAUAAAUAAGGGUAAGAAAUUCUGUAUUGAACAUGUAACGUUUUUCCCUCAGAAGAAAGAAUAACCUCAUUUUAUAUAUUUUUCAUCACGUUGCAUUAGUCUUAUCUGCCUGUAUUCACGUGUAAGAGAGUAAAGGGAUUUCAUAUUGUGA